AUGCCUUUGCAGGUGAUCGGCCAUUGUGCAUGUAUUGAAUUGUGUGUGCAUCAGGAAAUAAUCGUACACCAGUGUCAUAUCAAUUCCUCCAUGUGUAUGCAUGCGCGUGGCGAGGGCGCCUUCUUACUCUUAUUCUUCGCUCUCGGACACCGAGGGUGGAUGGAUAUAGUGUCUGGGUGUACUGAGUGGUGGGAGGGGCUGCAGGCAGAUCAACCUCACACCUUUAUUAUCAAACGAGGGCCGCUGCGGUUUGCCUGCAUCCAUGCUGUGUCAUACCAGGUAAUGUAA